CAACCAACUAACAACCACCAAACGAAUUUAACACACAGCCUCGAACCAAACAACAUUUCUAUGGACACCAGCCAAACAAAAACUCAUUCGCGUUUUUACCUUCGUCGACAAUCAAAGUACGCGGAGUAAUUGACUAAUAAAAUACAUAAUAUUCACACAGUUAAUGAAACAAAAUAAAAAUCAAAUGAAAAAAUUGUUAAAACAACAAACAGUGUAACAAAAGCACUCUUGAACCAAUAACAACAAAAUUACAAAAUAAGAUAAAACAGUUACAGUAAAUACGAACGGGCACAGUGUGAACAUUUAUGCAAACAGAAAACCAAAAAAAAAAAAAAACAAUAACAAAAACAAAACUACGCAAAAAUUUUAAAACAAACGUCCAGCAGCAGCAGCUGUUUUUUGAUGAGGAGUACAAAACGAAUCCAAAUAACUAAAAAAAACUCACUUAUUUACUUAUGUAUGUUUUUCGAAUAAAACAACAACAAAAUCAUUGAAGCGGAAAUUAAACAAAACAAACAAAACAAAAAUAACUAACAGCAGCAGCAUUUAGUUACGUUUUUCAUUUCAGCUGGGAGCUUGUUUGAUUCACCACUGUUUGUUGUAGACAACAGCAACAAAACCAAACAAAACAAUUUUAUUAUGAAGCUACACGAGAGAACUGAUAAUGCGCUCUGAAAAUUAAGAAAAAUAACAAUAAAGAAUGUUAAAAUAAAUAAAUAAUUAAAUAAAUAAAGAAUAAAGAAUAUGUACAAUAUAAGAAAUUGUGAUAAAACGAAUGAAGGAAAAUAAAAUAAACAAACAAAGUGGUUUAAAUAAUUAGCACAAAAUUCAAUUAAACAAGUACCAACAGGUAAUAAUAACAACAACAAAAACAACUAAUUGAAAGAUAAAAGCUCACGAUAAACAAAUUAAACAAAAUCGAAAACCCCAAAAAAACAAUAACAACAACAAAAAUUUACAAAAUGUGAUUAAUAAAUGUACGUAGAACAUACGUAGAUAUCCAACAAAAAAAAAGUGAUUUAAUUUAUUUAAAACAAAUUAAAACAUCAAAAAGUAAGACAAGCAACAUUUGAAUAUUUUAAACAAUGUCUUCAAGUUUAGGUGAAACCGUAAAUAUUGAACUUGUUCAAUCUCCCAAAGAGAUCAAAGUAACCGAUGACAGUUCAAAAAAUUUUAAACACCAACAAACAGUCGAACAAAUCAAUUCAUCAAAAUCAUCUCCUGUGAAAAGCUUCAACAAUUCACGUUCUUCGGAUAGUGGAAAAAGCAGCAGUUGCAGUCCCAUUUUAUUGGACUGCAGCUUCGACAGUGGCAUAGCUGGUGUACUACUGGAUAGUAACGAUAUGCAAAUACACAAGCGCAUUCAACAAUGUCAAUGUAUUCUUUUAGCGUUGGAACGUGACCGAGAGUACUAUUGUACAAUAAGAAACCGAUUAAGCAAAAUCACCAAUAGGAAAAAGAAACCAUCCAACGAAAAUGAAUUCUUUUGCAAUGUCUGUUGUGCAGACAUUGAUCCAGAAGAUGAUAAAACAUUUGUAAAAUGUUACAUCUGUCAGAAAUAUAUUUGUCGCAGUAUUAAAUGCGCUGACUGGUUACCAAAAACUGCUGAAUGGGAAUGUGAGCUUUGCCAAACAUCCAAAGAAUCUCUGGCCCAAACGUCAUCAUGGGUGGCCGAUCAGAUAUCAUUUCAUCAAGAGAAAUUAAUUCAUCCGCCAAGAGCCAGAAGUGAAAUUUAUAUUCCAAUUAGUGAAUGUAAUGACAGUUCUAUACAUUUUGAAAGUGUUAGUCAAAUUGGUGCCAAUUCUACUAUGGUAACAGCUGAGCAAAAACUUAAAAUAAGAGAAUACGUCGAGGAGGUUGUGGCCAAAUUAUUGGGAGGUAAUUUGGAUACCAUUGCAGUGAAUCAAUUGUCAAAGAGUGAAAAUUAUCUUAACUUGUUUCACAAGUAUCACUCAAAAUUGAGCAAUAUUUUAAUAAAUCUGGAAAAUGUUUUAACAUUUUACACACACAAUAAAGGCGAUUUACCUGAUCCUAAAAUUGACCUCAGUCACAAUGGAAUAUCCAAAGAAUCGGUGCGCGCCAGGGCAAGCAAUAAUGAUUUUACGGAUAUAUCUGAAACCCGAUUGCGUCAGAUGAUACAAAAAAUUAUUGCGGAAACAAUAAGUCUACCGCCAUUAUCAAAAAGCCAUGCCGUAUCGGAAAUUGCACUUGAUAGACGCAGCAAGAGCGGUGAUAGUAGGCCAUUAACCAAUGGUUACAACCCAAGACAUCGUACCGAGCAUUAUUUUGAACCAAUAAUUUAUCAAGAUCUUUUAGCUACGGCGGUCUUGAAUAAGAUUGUGGAUACAAAACUGAAUAAUAAUCAUGAGGUUUCCGAAAGCGAUUCUGGUGGUGGUGAUGGAAUUAAUGAUAACAUUAGACAUGCGGUAUCAGAUCAUAACUUGAAUAUUGAAAAAUUAUCGACAUCAUCCGGAAGUUCAGUUGAGCCUCGAAGUGAUUGUAGCUAUCCAGAAAUCGACCAGGUACUCAACACAAACGACGACAAAUCAUCUGAAUUAAUUCGAAAUUCUGAUCGGGAUUCCGUUAUGAGUGAUUAUUUGGCUUCUCACAUGAUUCCCUUACCAGAUCUGAAUGCUAUGGCUACUGAGUCGGACGAAGAUGAUUACAUGUCGGUAACAUCUAGUGCUGUUGGCGAUGGUACUUGGGAGAAAAAUUGGUUGUUUAAAAAGAAGAAAUCAGCGUUAAGUAACUCAGUUACGGCCAACAGUGUUGGCAUGUUAGUGCCGGACCCAAAAGAAGAUGUACGUGCCCAAAUUGGCGAUAAGACAGCUGAUGAAGUUAGUGACUUGUCUGAACUUGGAUCAGAUACUGAUGAUUCACUGGAUAGUUUACGGUCAAAAUUGGAACCGAUCAACGAUCGUCUCAUUAACAAACAUUUGAUAGGCGGACAAAAUAAUAAAAUGGUUUUAGAUGAGCUUAUUGAACGCAGCAGUAUGAUAUCGAAUACGCUGCAAAGCAGUCAAGAUCCGAGUUACACGGAUGCGUGUAACGAGCAUGUUAUUGAUGGGCCAGUCAGAAAUGAAGCCAUAAAUGAUAAUGUAACUCAGCAAGUAAGUGCACUGGAACAGAAAGGUGACAUUUUAAGAGCCGCCUUAUGUUCAGUUGUACUCGAAGAUCCAAACAGCAACUCCAUAACGGAAACUAACGCUAAGGCAAAUACUAACCAUAAUAAUACUAAUAAUCAUAAGCAACCUAUAACUAACAUGAGUGGUGACAGUGCAACUACAACUACAUUUAACCAGAUGCGUCCCUGCUAUCCACUAACAAGCGCAGUUCAAAAUAAUGAAACUUCCUCUUCUCACUCACAAUGUGUUCAGCAACUCAUUAGAAAUGAUCAUGUAAACGUACAAAUACUAACAGAUGCAAGAGAUCUAAAUAAUAUUGAUGGUGUUGGUGUUUAUAGUGAUGGCGACGGCGAUCGUGAUGAUGGUGUCAUUAAUGAUAAUGAAGAAGAUGAUGAUGUGGCUAUAAUGCGACAUUUUCUACCAGGUUCUAUAGCAGAACGUGAAUACAAAAAAUGGUAUAAUGCUGUCGAAAUGCCAAAUAAUCCAUAUGCUCCUGAAGCUCUGAAAAGACGUAUCAGUGGUAGCCAAGAACGUUUCAUCGAUUUACCAAACAUAAGUCCAACAAAAGAUCUAAAUCCAUUGGACUUAUUAGAUAAUCAAAAACUGGACGCAGAUGAAAACAUGACGCGUGAAAGUGAUUACAAAAGGUAUAGUCGAGAUUACUACAUUAACAGUAGUUUAACAACGCCACAACUGUCACCAGCAAGAGAUGUUUCUGCACAUGCAACUAAUAAGGAUAUCCGAGAGCCUACGAAGAAAACAUUAUCAUCAACAGAAAAUGAAACUGAUCUUGAUUUAUACAAAGCCAUACCAGCUCAAGUGGUAGAAAACAAUUCAUCUUCCACGGACGUUAUGUCACCGCUGUCAGGAGAAAUGGAAGGAAAUACAACGACAACAAGUGAUGAUUCCGAUACAAUCAAAAUGUAUGAUUUUAAAACACAACAGGAAACAAUCAAGGACACCACAAUUACACAUAGAGAGCAAGCAAGAGUUGAUGAAAUUAAUUCCAAAGAAAGACCCUCUAGUUUGGCUUUUAGUAGAUCAGAAAGUGGUGUAAAUAUUGUAACACCUACACGUGGUUCCACGCCAAUGGCAUUCAAAUUUUUACAACCAAAACGCAAAUUGCUAGAACCUAAUCAGGUUUUAUCAGUGGAAGAAAAUGAGCCACAAAUUGUGUCUAGUCCUUCGGAGAAACCAGUAAUUGAAGCAGAGGUAGCAAAAGCACUGCCUUCUGUUAAAGCAUUAGCAAGAGCCUUUCUGAUGACGACAAAGGCCUCACAACCUGAAAAAAUUUGGCUGCGAAAGGCAAGAACGUUAUCACAAGGUGGAAAUAAACGUUCAUAUUCACCUAAAAGAUCAUUAGAUCAUCUUAUGAAAUCAGAGCGAUCAAAGCCAGAAGAUGAUAUAACUAUAACCUCCGACUUAUCGUCACUUGAAACAGAUUCCUCCUCCAUUGGUAUUGAAAUAGCAACUACAUCAGACGUAUCAACUAUAGGUAUAUCUUCAACGAAUGAUCCAUCUCUUCCCACAGACACGGGUAGUAAUAUAAGUCCAGUUCCAGUACGACAGGGAGUCCUCAAAAACAAUAUUGCAUUCUUUGAGAAUUUAAAGAAUAAAUAAUUAUUUGUUCAUUUGAACAUAUUAUAUACAUACAUAUUAUGUAUGUAUGUAUAAGUAUUAAUAAACUGAGUAUUAUUUUUGGUUCUAAAAAAUAAUAAACUCAGUUAACUUGUAUUUUUCGCGUUUUAAAUUUUAGGUGCCAUUGAACGAUUUAUCAUUUUCAUUUUUUUUUACUAAUUACUAAUUACUUACUACUCUAAUUGUUGUUGAAUGUAUCAUAAAUAUUUAUUUAAAUUAAUUUACUAGUUUAAGUGUUAUGAAACAAUUAUUAUUCAGUUUUUAAUUAGUUUUAAUUCAUUAAAUGUAACGAUGGAUCCAAAAAUGUUUACCAAAUUUGAUUUAUUAAAGUAAAUUUAUUUAAGAA